GAGGAGGAGGAGGAGGAGCUGAUGGAGAUGGAAGAGGCGGCGAUCACGGCGGGACGCGACGAUGGAAGGGAGCCGGAUGAUUACGAUCGGAGGGCGCGCAUCUUUCAACAGAGUGCGAGGCUGGUUCAGGCACGCAAAGGUCCGCCGCCACCGCGGGAGCAAUUGUAACAGAGAUGUUUUGGAGUAAUUUAGGGAAUCAUUGGAUGCGUUUCACACUCGUUGCUUGGUGGGCCAUUAAGUUAAGUCCUUGGUUUGUAACGGGCCACGGCCCAAAUCAAUCCCAGUGGUCCGCUCCUUAGGGUUGCCCUUCUUUUUCUCCCCUAUGCUAUAUAUAAACACAACGAGCCGUCGUCUCCUCCUCCUUGCUGGUUUUCGGCGUCGAUUUCUUGCUUUGUCUUCGCCGCAGCGAUGGGCCGACGACCUGCACGUUGUUAUCGUCAGAUCAAGAACAAACCCUAUCCUAAAUCUCGCUAUUGCCGUGGUGUUCCUGAUCCCAAGAUUAGGAUCUAUGACGUUGGAAUGAAGAAGAAAGGGGUUGAUGAGUUUCCCUUUUGUGUUCAUCUAGUGAGUUGGGAAAAGGAAAAUGUUUCAAGUGAAGCUCUGGAGGCUGCCCGCAUUGCAUGUAACAAGUACAUGACGAAGUUUGCGGGGAAGGAUGCUUUCCACCUGCGAGUGAGAGUCCACCCAUUCCAUGUCCUGCGAAUCAACAAAAUGCUUUCUUGUGCUGGAGCUGAUAGACUCCAGACUGGUAUGAGGGGGGCCUUCGGGAAGCCACAAGGGACAUGUGCUAGGGUAAGUAUUGGUCAGGUGCUUCUCUCUGUUCGUUGCAAGGACAACAAUAGCCAAAAUGCCCAAGAAGCAUUGCGCCGUGCCAAGUUCAAGUUCCCCGGCAGGCAGAAGAUAAUUAUUAGUGGGAAAUGGGGUUUCACUAAGUUUAGCCGCAAUGACUAUGUGAAGUGGAAGAGCCAGAACAGAAUUGUACCAGAUGGAGUCAAUGCCAAGUUACUUGGUUGCCACGGGCCACUUUCCAAACGUCAACCUGGAAGAGCAUUCUUACAAUCCGCUUUUGCUGAAGCUUCUUAAGAAUGUUCCUAUGGGGGGUAAGCUUCAUGUCUCUCUCGAUUAUUCUCAUUUGUCUGCUUAGUUUUGUCAGCAUUCUACCAGUUGUUACAUUGUGUUACUCUUGGGUAUGUAAUAACUCUUUAUUUCGUGGCAAUUUAAUUUUCAGUACUUGACUAAGUAAUUCAAUGAGUCUACUAUAACAAGGUCGAACCGUACCUUUGCUUAA